AUGGCGACGGCGUACGAGCUGCUGGGCGUGCCGCGUGACGCGAGCAGCGACGAGCUGCGGCGUGCGUACCACCGGCUGGCGCGCGAGCAGCACCCCGACCGCGCGGCCGGCUCGUUGUCUCGAGCGGCCAGCGUCGAUUUUGUGGCGCUGCAGGAGGCGUGGGAGGCGGUGCGCGAUCCCGAGGCGCGGCGACUGUAUGACGCGUCGCUCCGCGCGGACGAGGCCGCGGCGGCUCGCGUGCGGGCCCGCGCGGCGCCGGUCGACCUGGGGGAGAUGGAUUACGCCGAGGGGAGCGACGGGCAAGGCGUUUGGAGCUACGCCUGCCGGUGCGGCGCCGCCUUUGAGCUGACGGAGCAGAUGCUCUGCGCCGGCAUCGAGGCGCGGUGCCGCUGCCCCGCUCCGCGCAGCUCGCGCGCAGCUCAUUGCCCCCUCGCCGGUCGCGCAGACGCUCGAGUGCUCGUGCUGCUCGCUCGCUAUACGGCCGCUGUAUGCGAGAGCGGCGGAGGAUGAGGAGCGACACGCUCCAGAGACGUCGAUGCACUGCGGGGCAGGAAUUGAGACGAGAUGAUACAUAGAUAUGUAAAGCUGUAUCUGUGCAUGCAUGUGCGCAUGCAAGAGACCUAAGAGUACGUAUACGUCAGUACGAAUUAAAAA